GAACAAUGAGAGGCGGGAACAGAGAAAGGUUGUUCAUAAUGGCUAAAAGUUGUAACUUGUAUUUUGGGUAGAAAAAGGUGUUUUGGCGAAUUAUUUGUUACAAUAUUGCUGUGUACAGGAUGAUUUCUAUGCAAGAUUCAAACAAUGGAAGAAUCAACCUGGAUUUUCCUAGAUGGGAUCAAAGCACAUUUUUGGGUCGCUUCAGACACUUUGCAGAAAUUACAAACAUGUUGCUUUCGUUAAAAUCAGAUCAUCAACUGAAUGAGGCAAAGAAUUUACUCGAAUUGUACAGGGUGAAUAAGGAACCAAGUGGGACAACUAAUGAUGAAAUAUGGGAUGCAAAAAUCCUAUAUGAAUCAGCAUUUCAUCCAGACUCUGGAGAAAAGAUGAAUUUAUUUGGUAGGAUGUCAUUCCAAGUUCCAGGUGGAAUGCUUUUGACUGGUGCAUUACUCCAAUUUUACAAAACAAUCCCUCAAGUUGUGUUUUGGCAAUGGGUGAAUCAAUCAUUUAAUGCUUUAGUGAAUUAUACAAAUAGAAAUGCGAAAUCAACCACAACCGGAAAGCAGAUUGGCAUUGCUUAUGUUUCAAGUACCACUACAGCUGUCGCUGUCUCUGUUGGACUCAAUUCUCUUGUGAAGCGAUCUCCACCAAUCAUUGCUCGUUAUGUUCCAUUUGUCGCAGUCGCUGCAGCCAAUUGUGUCAAUAUUCCGCUCUCUCGACAGAGUGAAUUACUGAAUGGCAUCAAGGUUUAUGACAAAGAGGGUGAAGAAUUAGGCAUGUCAAAACGUGCUGCGAUGAAAGGAAUUGGUCAAGUGGUAACGUCCCGAGUGGCUAUGGCCGCCCCAGGAAUGUUGAUCAUUCCUAUCAUUAUGGAGAAACUAGAGAAAUUUAGAUGGAUGCAGAGGAUCAAGAUACUUCAUAUGCCUCUUCAGGUCUUGCUAUGUGGAGUCAGUCUGUCAUUCAUGGUUCCAGUGGCUUGUUCAAUAUUUCCUCAAAAGUGUUCAAUGAGUGUAAAACAUCUUGAAAAAGAACUCCAAGAUAAAAUAAGACAAAGCAAGAACACUUCAACUGUGUACUUCAACAAAGGACUUUAAGGAAAGCGAAAAUAAGAAGAAAACGAGGACAAUUCAAAUUAUAAAUAUCAAUUUCCAAAAGGUAGGUGUUGAUAUGAAGUUAUGUACAGGGUUUCCAGUUGUUAUGAAGGUAUGUACAUGGUUUCCAUAAAGAAAGUGAUCAUUGGGAACAUUUUUCGUCCAAGUGAAUAAUUGCAUCGCUGUAGUGUCACUGUGCAUGGGGAUACUCAAAUUCAAAUUAUUCACUUGUUUGAUUGAUCGGGAACGAAACAAAAUGCCAACUUAUUUAUGAAAAAAUAUUAUUCAAAAAAUAAUCAAUCAGGUUGACUUAGUCAGAGCUGCAUGUUGAUGCUCUGCUGUCCAAACAGGACCUGUAUUUACUGGCAGAUUUUGCCUUGUCCUUACACUGCAAAAUCAACUUGCAGUGGCCGACCCUUGUGGAAAGUAUGUCAUUAUUGUUGAGUGAAGCAGCCACGCCCAGAGGUGUUAUGCCGCACCCAUUCAUCGUUUGUCGUGAUGUUAUGAAUAGAAACUAUCUCAUGUGUACAAGACAUAGUUUCCACAAUGGCCAGCCAAUAAAUUUAUAUGAAUGAAAUUGUAUGAAAAUAGUCAAUAUGUUCUUAAUUAUUUAGUUAUAUUCAAAAUGAGACUGUGUAACAGCAAAGGAAAUAAAUAGUAAUCUCACUUGA